AUGGCGAUUUGGAACAGGAACCAGAGGACGUCGUCGUCUUCCGAUGGCGUGAGCCCUCAUUCUUCAGAUCCCGAGUACGGCUACAAGAGCGAACCCAAGGGUGCCGUCAUUGGAACCGGAGAGACCCCAGCUUUCAACACCGACAACAAUGGCGUUGUGGUUCAUGGCGACCACUCGCAUCUGCACCGCGGACUCAAAUCGCGUCACAUUACUAUGAUUGCCAUCGGUGGCGCCAUUGGCACUGGUCUCAUUAUUGGUACAGGAAAGGCCCUUGCUCAGUCAGGUCCUGGUUCGAUUCUCAUCGCUUACACUUCAGUCGGUCUUCUUGUCUAUGUCGUCAUGACAGCUCUCGGUGAAAUGGCUGCAUGGAUCCCUCACUCUUCUGGUUUUGCCGGUUAUGCUACCCGAUUCUGCGACCCUGCUCUUGGAUUUGCUCUCGGCUGGACCUACUGGUGUAAAUACAUCAUCACCACACCAAAUCAGCUAACAGCAACUGCCUUGAUUUUGCAAGAAUGGAAAACCGACAAAGAAGUCAAUCCCGGUGUCUGGGUUGCCGUCUUUCUGGUCGUCAUCAUCGCCAUCAACUAUUUCGGUAUUAAAUUCUUUGGUGAGCUCGAGUUUUGGCUGAGUUCCAUCAAGGUCCUCACAAUUGUAGGUGUCAUCCUCCUGUCAUUCCUUCUCGCUGUUGGUGCUGGGCCUGGUCCCGCAACAGGAUUCAAGUACUACAAAAAGCCGGGUGCAUUCAAGGAAUACAUCGAUACCGGAAGUGCAGGGAAAUUCUACGGAUUCUGGGCUUCUCUGGUCAAUGCCGUCUUCGCCUAUCUCGGUACUGAGCUGAUUGGUGUCACCGUUGGCGAGGCGCAAAACCCUCGCAAGACGAUUCCCCGUGCUAUCAAGCUCACCUUCUACCGGAUUCUGUUCUUCUACUGCUUGGCUGUCUUUUUCCUGGGCAUGCUCGUUCCUUUCGAUUCCAAAGAGCUUGCUUUCGCCAAUACAGCCAGUGCCAAAGCUGCCGCGUCACCAUUUGUUGUUGCCAUCAAGCUCGCUGGCAUUAGACAUUUGCCCGGUAUCCUCAACGCCUGUAUCCUGCUCUUUACCUUCAGUGCGUCAAACUCCGACCUGUACAUCGCUUCUCGUACACUCUACGGUCUGGCCGAGCAAGGUCAUGCUCCCAAGAUCUUCCGCUGGACUGACAAGCGCGGUGUCCCUGUCCCUGCUCUGGCUCUCUCAGCACUUUUCUGCUGCACAGCCUUCAUGAACGCUGCCGAUGACGCGAAGAUUGUAUUCGGCUACUUUGUCAAUCUGACCACCAUCUUUGGUCUGCUGUCUUGGAUUUCACUCCUGGUGUCGCACAUCUUCUUCAUACGUGCGCGCAAUGCGCAGGGCAUUACCAAGGAUCAGAUGGCAUACGUCGCUCCCUUUGGUCUCAUUGGAUCAUAUAUUGCCCUCUUCUUCUGCUGCUUGAUUGCCUUGACCAAGAACUUCCCCGUCUUCACCAAGGGCAAGUACGGCGCCUUUGACUACAAGAACUUCAUUACUGGUUACCUCGGCAUUCCAAUCUACCUGAUCUGCAUUUUCGGUUACAAGUACACCAUGGGAUCCAAGAUGGUCAAGCCUCACGAAGCCGACUUUUACACAGGCAAGGAUGAGAUUGAUCGUGAAGAGGAGGCUUUCGUGGCCCACGAAGCUCAGAAGAAGGCCAACGGCGACAGAAAAGGAUGGUUUUACAAGAAUUUUGUCGCUUGGCUGUUCUAA